UUAUAGUGUUUUGGCAUGUUAUAGUGAGUUAACCAUAGACCAGUUCAGUUAUGAUGUUUACCAUGCAUUUUUGAAAUAUUUGUAUCCUGAUGAGGUUGCCUUGUCCCCUGAGAUGGCUUUGGAACUUCUUGUUCUUGCCAACUCUUACCUUGAGGCUGGAUUAAAGAAGAGGUGUGAGCAGAUUAUCAAGCGAGGAAUAAGUGUGGAAAAUGCUGCUUCUCUUUAUGGCAGCGCAAUUCUCUACGACGCAAAGGACCUUGAAGAUUUCUGUUUUAACUUCUCGUUGAACCACAUGACUGCUGUUGUCUUGAGCACCGGAUUUCAAACGCUGGACGAAGAAGUUGUCAAGAAUUUUAUCUUCAAAGCAGCUCAACAAGGUGCAUUCCGUCAGUGAUUAUAA